GCGAAUCGGUUACACCAAUGCGAGGAUAGUUGCGAGAAUAGUAGGAAUUCCUGGCGACUAGUGCAAGACCGAGCUUACCGCCAAGAAGUGAGUACAGUGAGCGCGAUUCGGCAGCGACAGCAACACAUGCAGACCUUGUGGCGCUGGAGGGCAGAAGCAGACGCGUGCUCACAACUUGAUGCUGGAGGUGGUGCCGGGAGUAGCCAAGGACAUGUAGUUCUUAAGGCAGAAAUAUGUAUCAACUAAGAAGAUGAUAGAUGCUAUCCCCAAUAGGCUACACUUCCCAAGUACGCACGAAUCAGAUGUACUUCCAUAACUCUUCCUGAGAUUGGCUUCCUCGUGAGAAGUACUAUCGCUCCUGUUCUUGUUGAUACAAUUUCUGAGCAUGGUGCAUCGGAAAAGUGACGUUGUAUUGAUUGCGACCAUGUCCUCUUUGUCUAUGCUUAUAUAUACAAACAUCAAUAACAUGUCUUCUAACUAAUAAUUCCGAUCCCUCCAUACCCACAACUUCUAGCCAAGGAAUAGGAAGUUACGCGUCUAAUAUUUCGUCUGCUGAAGAACGAAGAAUGUUGGAGAGAACAAGCGACGCAAAUCCAUCGCUGCACGCAAAUAGUCGGGCAUUUUAUUGUCCUACAGUUUGCGGUAGGACAGGAUCGGGGCAACAUAUGUUGACCAGUCAGUCACUGGAGCACUAUUAUCAUUAAGGCCCUACUGGACUAGCUUUCGCAAGCGUGACCUCUUUGUUGAAAACAGAACGGCUCUGGCUUCCUUUACAAGUCGUGGGAGCUAACCGCUUGAUAAUUUCCCGCACCUAGGAAUCCUCUCAACUGAUUUAUGUUUACGAGUUUUCGCAGAUUUGUUAGGUUCUAAUAGCAGCCGUUUCAAGCUGGAGGUAACCCGUAUCCUGCGCAUUACUACAAUACAGUCUCUCCGUAUCCG